CUCUCCACUUCACAACUGCCUCUCUUUCUCUUCUCUUUUCCCUUAAAUCUUUCAUUUCUUCACCAUUUUCGCAACAUUCCCACCAAGAUGGGCAUCAAAACUUCCAUGAUCUUCUUCAUCUUCACUGCAAUUUUCUUCUGCCUUGUCUAUCUUUACAUCCCAAUCACAAAACCAUCCAUUGCCGUAUCCUCCAACAACAUUCUACUCAAAUCUCAGAACCCAUAUCCAGUAACCUUUGCAUACUUAAUUUCUGCAUCAAAAGGCGACACUGUCAAGUUGAAAAGAGCCCUGUUGGCUAUGUACCAUCCAGGAAAUUACUAUCUCAUUCACAUGGACAAGGGAGCUCCAGAGAAUGAGCAAAACGAAAUUGCAGAAUUUAUCUCAAAUGAACCAGUUUUCAGCCUGGUGAAUAAUGUUUACAUGGUCGGAAAACCAAACUUGGUGACCUACAGAGGUCCAACAAUGCUGGCCACAACUCUUCAUGCAAUGGCCAUGCUUUUGAGAUGCUGCAAAUGGGAUUGGUUUAUUAAUCUUAGUGCUUCUGAUUAUCCUUUGGUGACUCAAGAUGAUCUGAUUGAUGCAUUUUCUGACUUGCCGAGAGAUCUCAAUUUUGUACAGCACAGUAGUCAGUUGGGUUGGAAAUUGAAUAAGAGAGCGAAACCAAUGAUAAUAGACCCAGGGCUUUACAGCAUCAACAAAUCAGAGAUCUGGUGGGUUAUCAAGCAGAGGACGAUUCCAAAUGCUUUCAAGCUCUAUACAGGUUCAGCAUGGACAAUAUUAUCAAGAUCUUUCGCAGAGUAUUGCAUAGUGGGAUGGGACAAUUUGCCGAGGAAUCUCCUUCUUUACUACACCAACUUUGUGUCUUCUCCAGAGGGAUAUUUCCAGACAGUUAUAUGCAACUCUGAAGACUACAAGAACACCACUGUGAACCACGAUCUCCAUUACAUUACUUGGGAUAAUCCUCCCAAGCAGCAUCCGCGGUCCCUAGGCCUCAAAGAUUUCAGAAGAAUGCUUCUAAGCAACCGCCCGUUUGCCAGAAAAUUUAAGCAGAAUAACAAAGUUCUCGAUAAAAUCGAUCAAGAGAUCCUCAAAAGGCAGCGCCGUCGGGGAUACACUUACGGAGGUUGGUGUUCAAAGAGUGGAAAGAACUCAUGUUCAGGUUUUCAAAGUGAAAAUUAUGGAGUUUUGAGGCCUGGACCAGGGUCUAGGAGGUUGAAAACUUUACUAACAAGACUCCUUUCAACUAAGAGUUUUUCAAAGAGGCAGUGUAGAUAGAUUUCAUAUUCCAAAUCAAUCUCACGUAUGUAUUGAUCAUUGGUUUGA